AAAUUUUGAAAUUCAAAUCCGCGCUAAUAGUCACUCUCUCUCGCUCUCUCUCUCUCUAGAGCAGGUCGUCGGAGAUGUAUUCCGUCGGGGAGAAUCCGAAGGGGAAGGCGGCGAAUGUGAAGAUUGAGAAUCUUUUCGUUCAGAUCUUUGAGAGGAAGAGGCGAAUCGUCGACCAGGUUAAGCAACAAGUAGAUCUCUAUGACCACCAUUUAGCCUCCAAAUGCCUACUCGCCGGGGUAUCUCCGCCGUCGUGGCUUUGGUCUCCGUCUCUACCUUCCCAAACUUCCGAGUUGAAUAAGGAGGAGAUUAUAUCAGAACUUCUAUUUCCUCCAUCAAGACCUUCCAUCAUUUGUCCUAGCAGCCGUCCCUUUUCAUACCAGCGGCCUGUCAGUUUUCUAGCUGACAAUGUAGUAAGACAAGACCUGACGUCUGUGGUAAAUAACCCGAUAGAAGAGCAGUUGCUGGAAGAGGAACCACAACACGACCUCUCACACAACUUAGUCAGACACGUUUCAAAUCAUUAUCAUGAGAAGGAUGCUAAUAUUGCAUCUCCAAGUGAUGUCCAUGAGAAAGAGAGAUUGCCAGAAAGUGUCUCAAUUGAUUGCAGAGAGAAUCAAAGUUGUUCAUCUCCCAAACACUCCCAGAAUCAGAGAGUUGAAACUAAUCUUGAUGCUACAUCUCCUGGAUGUAGCCAAGGGGAAAAGGUUCCCAGAAGUGUCUCAAUUACUGGUUGUGAGCAGAAACCAUCACCUCCCGGUUAUUGUCAAGAAGAAACUGAUCCAGACACUUGGCUUGACCCUGGAUUAUCACUUGCUAAGAUGCAGAGAUCAAGGUCACGUCAAAAAGAUUUGGAGUUUCGUAGUAGUGCCAAAGCGUUGAAAAGCCGUUCAAACAGUAGAAAUGAUCUCAAACCUUCUCCGGAUGGAAAUCUAGGCUUUGGGAUUGCUUCUUUAAGGUCUGACAGUGUUAGUGAGAUAAAGUUAUUUAAGCAUGCUCAGAAUGAUGAUGAGUGUCAAGACGAAGUAGAGAACAGUAAUUCUCAAGAUAAACAAGGGGAUCAGUGUGUUCAAACUAGUUUAUCUACAGAAUCUUUUACUUUGCAUCAGAAGUUGGAUUCGGUGAAAAAAUCUUCGAGUGGGGAGGCUUAUGCUUCUAUUGUACCAGAAUCUGUACCCGAGUCUGGUCAUGUGAACGACAUUGACAUAUUACAGUCCAUUGAGAUAACUAAUGAAGUAUCUGAAGAAGUAGAUGAACAAGUGGAUGAUCCAAAAACCAAAAGUUGCAAUGAAACAGCUUAUCUUGAUGGAAGUACAAGAUCUAAAAGCUCAAGUCAAGAUAUCCCCAAGGAGAAUCAUCAAAAAUCAAGCAACUCCUUUUCUGGUAACUUUCAGUCAAGAAAUUCAAAUCCCUAUCACCGGGCCGGUCAUGAAGUAGAAUUACCUCAAGCAAUACCUAUGACUAAUGAAAUCUCUAUAAUGACAGAUGCUGGAGCGAGUAUCUUUCAGUCUGAAAUAAUUGCAAGAUCCAGAAGUGAUGCUCGAGAAGAUAGAUCCAAGACCGAGCAUUCAGGCUCUGUUGAAUCUUCUGCAGUUGAUGUGGAGCCAAGAGAUUCAAUUUCAGUACUGCAAGGUAGCCAUGUAAAAGAUUCACUGAAUCCCUCUACUGUUGAUGCGGAAGUUUUAGUAGUUGAAACAAUUACUAGCAACAAUCAAUCAGAAGAAAAGGGUAAAUGUGUUGAGACUGACAGAUCUUCAACGGCUGAAUGGGUAAGCCAAACUGGCAUCUCCUCAGAUGAGACCUUGUGUGCGGGUGCAAUCCAAGAUUCUAUAUCCAAGACCGAGCUUUUGGGCUUUGUUGAGUCCUCUUCAGCUGAACUGCAGCCAAUGGACUCAGUAAUGCAAUCAGACGAUGAAAGUUUAUUUUUGAAGCCCAUUGAGGUUACUGGUGAAGCUUUAGUACUGGAGGAAGAUAACAUUGGUGUAUCGAUUGACAUUAGCAGUAUUUCAAAUUCUAGAAGUUUAAACCAAACGGAUAUCACGGUAGGUGAGCCAUUGGUGGUUGAACCUAUACUUCAGGAAAGCAGUACACCAGAAAACUUGAUUGACCAUUCUAAAAGAUGUGAUAUUAGCUGUGGGUCCAAGGAAGUGCAGCCACUGGGUUCAUUGACCAUUGCUGGGAAUAGCCAAUGCCAUGAAGGAAAUAGUAGGCCAAGAAGCUCAGCCAUAGACGAGGAAUCAGCAAAUGAAUACAAGGCUCUUUCUGUUGGCUCUUAUCAUAAAUCUGCUGACAACCAGCUUGAAAUUAGAGAAGGAAAUUCAUCGCUGAGAACCCCUGAUCGCCCUGUUUUUGUGAGACCUGAAUCAACCCAUUUUGAUGAUAAUGAAGAACACAACUUCGAUGAGGUUCGAGGGAAUAGUCGAGAAAAAUCAACAAUGGAGAAGAUCCCCACUCCAGCACCCGCUGCAAAGGUGUCUGAUGUCCCAUCUCUCACUGAUUCUGGAGUAUAUCUCUCGGCUGACGAUGAAAUGGAUGACAUUGAGGAGCGGCCAAGAAUAGAAAUGGUGCUAGAAAUGGAAUCGCAUGCAAGCCACCCUGGCUUAAAAGUGGGAGAGAAUGAACCUACAGAGUUAAGCACUGGCUAUAAAGAUGCAUUGAGAAAGAGAGCUCAACAUGAAACAUCCUAUGAAAAAGGUGUUCCUCCAAUUAACAGAGAAGUAAAAUGUACAGAAACAGAUGAAUCUCAUGAUCUGGAGAGCUCGUACCAGGAAUUUUUCUGCUCUAGUUCCUCCACUGGGGGCCCCAUGAGGCAGAAUAAGCGGAGAAGAACCCUAGAAAAACCAACUAGUAGAGUGCUUUCGUCAAGCCCAGGGGGAGACAUUCUCGAGUCAGAUACUGUUAGGGAAACAGUACAUCAUCGAGAGGAAGUUGCAUGUCACAACCUCAAUAACUUUGACGUUGAGUUACAGAAGAUGAUUGGAUCUGCAUCAUCAGAUCACUAUGGUGUUGAGUUACAAAAGAUGAUUGGAUCUGCAUCUUCAGCUGAGUUACGAUUUGAAGAGAGUUACUUAUUCAAGGAAGCUGGAUUGAUGACUCCUGCCUCGCUUUCCUUCAGACCAGAACAGCUAAGUGUACAGAGGAGUCAAAUUGCUCCAGAUCAGGGAGUUAGAUCAGAAAAUAUUAACUUUUUGCCAUUUGCUGGAGAAACCUCACAUGGAUUAGCUAGUUGCAUUGUUCGCGAUUCAAAAGGUUCCCCUUGUUUACCACCCUUGGGUUUGAUAAGCUCAGACGAUGGAAGCCCCCCUGUUUUGGAGGGAUUUUUAAUCCAAACGGAUGAUGAAAAUCAAAGCGGCUCCAAAAACCAGCUAAAUCAUGAAACUUUCCAACUUCCAAGAACUACAGCACAAAAUGCAGCCAUGAUAGAGCAGAUUUGCAAGUCUGCUUGCAGGACCACUCCGUCAUUACAUCUGGCUAAAACAUUUAAGUUUGAUGGAAAACUAGACUUGGAUCAGUCCGUUUCAACUGAGCUGCUUGAUGGCAUGUUUUUCAGUCAGAAUCUCGAGGGUAGCUCUGUCUUUGAUAACUUAGGGAUUAACCAUGAUUAUACAGGAAGAUCGUACAAUGACUCUUUGCCUCUGUCUGGUGCUGAGGCUAGGAAUCCUUGCACGUCACCAACUGAGAAGUUGUGGUAUAGAAGUUUGCAAAAGUCUUCCGGUUCAGAGAAACGAAGCAGUCAGACACCAGACCUACCUUGCAUUAGCGAAGAGAAUGAGAACGUAGAAGAGGAAGCUGAUAACUUAUGUACAAACACUCCAAAAUCUAUUGGGUCAGAGAAGCAAAGAAGUUCAGUUCUGGAACUUCCUUGCAUAGCUGAAGAGAAUGAAAACAUAGAUGAGAUAUCGGAAGCUGUCAAUGAGGCAUCUGGUUCUGAAAAGGAGAAUGUCUCUCCCGAAAGGAAAUCUCUUGGUGAUGUUAAUGAAGACCCUAUGAAGUUUCUUCCAUCUGUUUCUGAAGCCAAGAAUCCUGUUGAUCGACAGAGUCUAGACUCUGUCAAUACUGCAUUCAGCUUUUCCGCUAAGUGCAACAGUGUCAAAAGUAAAGUGGGAAAGCAGAGUAACCGAAGAUUCACGGGUAAAGGUAAAGAGAACCAAGGUGGAGCAGGUGCUAGAAGAAAUGUUAAACCGCCUAGUAGCAGGUUUAGUAAGCCUAAGUUGUCUUGCAACUCGAGUUUGGCAACUGUAGGUCCGCGAUUACCAGAAAAAGAACCUAGGCACAACAACAUUGUCUCCAACAUCACUUCAUUUGUUCCACUUGUGCAGCAGCAAAAACCAGCACCUGCACUAAUUACAGGCAAGAGGGAUGUCAAAGUAAAGGCUCUGGAGGCUGCUGAGGCUUCAAAACGAAUUGCUGAACAAAAAGAGAAUGAUCGUAAGCUGAAGAAGGAAGCUAUGAAGCUUGAAAGGGCAAGACAGGAACAGGAAAAUAUGAGAAAGCAGGAGAUAGAGAAGAAAAAGAAAGAAGAAGAUCGAAAGAAAAAGGAGGCGGAAAUGGCUUGGAAGCAGGAGAUGGAAAAGAAAAAGAAGGAAGAAGAGCGGAAGAGAAAGGAGUUUGAGAUGGCUGAUAGGAAAAGGCAGAGGGAAGAAGAAGACAAAAAGUUGAAGGAAGCUAAAAGACAACGCAUUGCAGACAUUCAGAGACAACAAAGAGAGGCUGAAGCUGAAAAAGAAUUGAAAAGACAAGCUAUGGAUGCGAGGAUAAAAGCACAGAAGGAACUCAAAGAAGACCAAAAUAAUGCCGAGAAAACCCGAGGACAAGCGAAUACUAGGAUCCCUGAAGUGAGAUCAAAGAGCAAUUCCAGUGACGAUACCAUUGCUUCUAGAAGCUCUAGGGAUAAUGAUUUCAAGGGGAUAAGCAAUCCAGGGAAAAUGUCUGAAGAACCGAACAUGGGAAUUGAAGAAAUGGAAGAGUCGUAUGACAUUUCUCCAUACAAAUGCUCAGAUGACGAAGAUGAAGAGGAAGACGACAAUGAAGACAUGUCAAACAAAAAAUUUGUUCCUACUUGGGCCAGCAAGAGCAGUGUCCUGCUUGCAGUCCUUUCCAAACAAAACCUUGAUCCCAAAAUUACUUUCCCUGCAACAAGAAAAUGCGAUAUAAGCAAAGUUCUUUUGCCGCGAAGGUUCCAAUCGAGAUAGCAUAAGUUCCAAAGGUCAGUCUCCCAGUGACAUGAAAACUUAAAACCACAAACAAAGUAAGAACCUCUGUGUUUCAAAACGUUGCUUAUCUUUUGCUGAAAAUGAGGAACAUUAAACCUUAGUAGCUUGAAGCUUAAAUUAGUUUUGUGAAUUCUUAACUCUUCACUUAUUGUGUAACAAAGUUAUCAAAACUGUUCUUAUGUAACAGUGAAUGGGUAAUGUAAUAAUUAACUAGUCAUCCCUAUUGACGCUCAUGUUCAUACAUAACGGCUACUUCUAUAUUAUAAGGUUCUGUUGGUUUUCUUAGUGGAAA